AUAAGGACUGUCUGAACUUUUCGACUGUGUAGACCAACAUGUUGAAAUUUCUUUUGAUUCUUGGCGUGAUUUCAUUUGUACAAGGUUGUACUCCACUUAUUGAACACGAUCAAAACAAGUACUGCCGAAGUAUGUAUGCUUUCACUGCCACUGUACUGAGUUCCGAGGAAAGAAAUGUGGAAGCUGUCUUUAAAAUACGAGUCAAUGAGAAUAUAAAGAUGGUACUUGGGUACCCUAGAGAAAUAGUCACCGUGUACGGCAGAGGUACUCUGCAUUCGUGUGGUCCCACAAAGCUGGAUAAAAACAAGGAAUAUUUCUUAUAUGUUUCCGUAAAUGACACAACAACAAACAAACCCAUAAUCAACCAGUUCCAUGAAGCAAGCUUUGCAUAUAUCACCAGAGUAAACAGCUAUGUUUGCUCAUGCACGGUGGUGGUGAAUCUUCCAUUGCAACCAAUUCCUGAGAGUUUAAGACCAGCUAGGGACAUAUGCAUUAUCACCCCUGACGAAUUUGACUGGUCAUUUGAAAGAGGAUACUGUGCAAGAAGAGGCGAUAGAUCUGGCUCUGGUCCAUGUAAAUGGAUUGCUCCAAAAACUGCUGCGUGUCCUUAAAUUUAUAUUAGUAUUGACCUAAUUUUAUGAGACAAAUUAUGCAAACCUUUAAUAAAAAAUCAAACAUUCUCGGAAAUGUCAUUUAAUUUCCUACAAUAUGCAGAAGAAAAGAAAGGUAUUAUAAAAGUUCCAGAUGAAAACAAUUUCGACAAAUUUCUAUAUUUUCUUUGUCGAUAACCCGAUAAUCACAUAAUCACAUCAGGGUCAACAACCACAUAAUAUUUGUCAUAAUCCAUUUCAUUUCAUAGUCGUUAUACAUUGUUCUGUAUUUCUUUUAUUUAUGGAUUAUCAUUAUCCCCUUGUAUGAAAAAUUAUGACCUAUUCAGAUUAGACAAUAAAUGUCUUUUUUGGGGGGUGGGAGGGGAUGGAAUAACAUGUAACAUAUAUAAUUUUCUAUCAAGCAAUUUGAAAAGUAUAACAGCUUUUAAUUCAAGAAAAGGUAUUGUUACCACACGGGCUAUAGAUAAGUAGUGUUAGUGAUUUAGUGUUGCCGAUGUUUUGCAACGGCAUGACUUAUUUCACAAAUGUCUUAUCAAAAUUAAAAAAAAACACCGUAGAAAACAUCAACGAACCGACCUUUUCUGUGCUAAAGUAACAAGUUUUAAUUCAUUAACAAUGAAAUAUAUAACGUUACUCAUUGAAAAGAACGAAAAACUCUCGGAUCACUCUCGAUCAGCUCGGAUAUUUAAAAAAAACUGACGUAUGGAAAAUGACGUCAUUAUUAUAGGCUAAAAC